AUGGCAGUAUUGACUCUUCCAAUGGCUGAGCUGGCGGGCAUAGUGGUCCACAGCACCAUGUACGGCUUCUACAUUAUGCUUUUCAUUGGAUGCAUCUAUGUGCUAUGUUUUAAGUACCGAUCACUAAGCGGACGACACCACUCAAGACCAGUCAACAAGAUUCUCCUGACUGUCGCAUUCACACUAUUUGUGUUGAUAACAGCACAUUGGAUAAUCCAAAUAUCUCGGCUGUUUGAUGCUUUCAUCUUCGUCGCGAAUGGGACAACACCUGCGAGUGUAUACGGCGCUGCCCGGAGCCCCAAGAACGUCGCAAAGACAGCACUUUACGUCGCCCAAACACUGGUCGGCGAUAUGACCAUGGUAUAUCGCCUGUUCAUCGUCUGGAACCGAAGUUGGACAGUUAUCAUUCUGCCGACUUUGACAACAGCUGGGUUACUUGCGGCUGGUGUAAAUGUCGUUGUUUCCUUUGCUCGCCAGACUCCGGGUGUGGACAUCUUUACGAGUGCUAGUGGUCACUGGAUCAUAACUGUAUUUGCGAUGACACUAGCCACAAAUCUGAUCGUUACUAGCCUCAUUGCCUAUCGAAUAUGGUCCAUCAAUCGAAUGGUUCAAGGAGUGACUCGCACCAGUAUAAUGCCGAUCAUAAACAUUAUAUUAGAGAGUGCAGGCCUCUAUACAGCUUUCUUAGUUAUGACUCACAUGGCAUACCUUGCCAAGGCACCGUUCCAGUUUAUCGCAUUAGACGCCAGUAGCCCGGCAAUCGGCAUUGCAUUCUCCUUGAUCAUCGUACGCGUGGGUCUGGGACUUGGUACAGAAGACCACGAAAUCGCCGCGCGAUCACGAUCCAAUCUCGUCUUCCGCACGGAAAACCAAUCUUUCCCAUUAAAUUCUGUCUCGGUCAGCGUCUCGAAGGAGGUUAGCCGGCGAGUGGAUGGGAUUGAGGGUGUUAUUUUGGAAGACGCGGAUUCUACGAGGGACGCUGAUAAAACUCUAUCAGAAAACAAGUCACAAUCGCCGCCACGGGCGGAGUGGUCGGCGUAUUAG